AUGUCUGCCCCGCAAGAGCUCGUUCCCCAAACGGAGUCGAUCGCCGAAGUCUACGCGACAGACGAUGCGUCGGUGACCUCAGUCGCACCUGAACACCAGCAGCGCUGGAAUAAUUUGAUCACUCAAUUCAACAAGCAGUAUGAUCAUCGGCCGGAUUUUGUGGCACGCAGCCCGGGUCGUGUCAACAUCAUUGGUGAGCACAUUGACUACAACCUCUACGAUGUUCUGCCCACCGCCGUGAGCGUCGAUGUGAUCAUGGCAGUCAAGGUGGUCCCUGCCGGACCAUCGGGCACGACAAUCAAGAUUGCCAAUGUGACCCCAGAAAAGUUCCCUUCGCGCGAGUUCAGCGUCCCUCAAGGCGCCGACGUCGAGAUCGACCCGAAGAAGCACGAAUGGGUGAGCUACUUCAAGGCGGGUCUGCUCGGUGCAGUCAAAUUCUUGCGAAAGGAAAAGGCCGACUCCUUUGCCCCGGUGAGCAUGGAGAUUCUGGUCGACGGCAACGUGCCUCCGGGGGGUGGUAUCUCGAGCAGCGCCGCGUUUGUCUGCGCCAGUGCCCUCGCGGUCAUGAAGGCCAACGACCACAACGUCUCCAAGCAGGACCUCCUAGACCUCGCGGUGGUCUCGGAGCGCGCCGUUGGCGUCUAUUCUGGCGGCAUGGACCAAGCAGCCUCGAUCUUCUCGAAGCGAGGAUACUUGCUCUACACCCAGUUCUUCCCUCAGUUCAAGGCCCAGCACGUCCCCAUUCCCAAGGCCACCGACGAGAUCACCUUCCUCAUGGCCCAGAGCUUCGUCACUUCAAACAAGGCCGAAACGGCGCCUCGUCAUUACAACCUGCGUGUGGCCGAGUGCACGCUGGCGUCGGUGAUCUUGGCGAAGAAGUUUGGUGUGAAAUUGUCCAAGGACAACAGCUCGCUGGGGUACAGCCUGCGCAACUUCCAGCAGGAGCUGAUGACCAAGGAAGAGCGUCUGCAGGAUCCUUUGGAGUACCAGAUUGACUCGGUCAUUCAAGCUGUCCAAGACGAGUUGACCCAGGAAGAGGGCUACACGCGCGAGGAGAUGGCUGCCUUGCUGGACAUGACCGUGCAGGAGCUCGAGUCAAACUUCCUGUCCGCAUUCCCCGUGCAGGCCGAGCGGUUCCUACUCCGCCAACGCGCUCUGCACUGCUUCAAGGAGGCCCGACGUGUGCUGGACUUCAAGGCCUGUCUGGUCAAGGCAUCCGAGCUCGAUGACAAGCGGAUCCGCUACCUCGGUCAACUGCUGAACGAGUCCCAGGAAUCUUGCCGCACCGCCUACGACUGCAGUGCGCCCGAGGUCGACGAGAUCUGUGAGAUUGCCCGCCGCGCCGGGACCUGGGGCAGUCGAUUGACAGGAGCCGGAUGGGGUGGUUGCACGGUGCACAUGCUGCCCCAAGGAAAGGUGGAGGCCGUAACUACCGCUCUACGGAACGAAUACUACCUCAAGAAAUUCCCUGAUAUCAGCGAGGAAAAGCUGAAGCAGGCCAUGGUCAUCAGCAAGCCCUCCAAUGGCUCAUUCGUGUAUGUGAACCCUCAGCCCUUUACAUUGCCCCCCUCUCGAGGAUUGAAUGGAGAACUGACGGCCAUGUAG